AUGAAGCUUAAAGAGUUUAAUGCUAAGGUCAAGUCACUCCCAUUAUACAUCAGCUCUGAAGAAGCUUGGAACAACCAUGAUUUGGUUAACCUUUUCUUCUCCACCGGCGAAACCAAAGAAGAUAUUAAUCAACUCUUUAGACAAGCUCGCCUCUCCCUAUCCUCUCAUGCAGCAAAUCAACCACCAUCUCCACCUCCUUCACCACGCCCUAAGUGGUACAGAAACUCCAUCUCCAGAGAGAAGCUAGCCGAGUUCAACCAAUUCGUCAAAACAUUCGUCAAGAAAUCUCUUGCUCAGCUGCUAAUAAGUACAGUCUCAUUUCAAAUUACUUGCUAUAAUGAGGCAUCUGCUCCAGCUGCAGACAAACCGAGAGUUGGUAGUGGCUCCAGUAUCAGCGGUGAGAAAGAUAGUAGCUACUUCUUUUGCAGUCACAUGGUGUUGUUAGAGGUGACUCUUCUGGUGCAAAAUGUUUACAGCUAA